GUUCGUAUACGAUACACUGACACUCAAUACUUCUAAUUAAAAUAUCACGUAUUUUAUCUAGUUUUGAUAGUUUGUGCUUCAAAAAGGUCGGAGUUUCUAUUAAUGGAAGAUGGGUGAAGAUGUCGAGAAUGUAGAGGUGUUUGCCAACUUCACGGAGGAGGAUGGGUACAUCCCCUACUCUCAGAGACCGGAGACCUACAUAGUUCCUGUGGUGUUCGCUGCCAUCUUCAUCGUCGGAGUCUUGGGCAACGGCACUCUGGUCUUCAUCUUCGCUCGACACAAGCGAAUGCGCAACAUCCCCAACACGUACAUCAUGAGUCUAGCCCUGGGCGACCUCCUGGUGAUCGUCAGCUGUGUGCCGUUCACCUCCAUCCUCUACACUCUAGAGUCCUGGCCUUGGGGUGCUCUUAUCUGCAAGCUAUCAGAAGCUACCAAGGACGUGUCCAUCGGAGUCUCUGUCUUCACCCUGACUGCUCUGAGUGCAGAGAGAUACUGUGCUAUUGUAAAUCCCAUCAGAAGACACAUCUCCACUAAACCUCUAACGAUAGUUACAGCUUUGGCUAUUUGGAUGGUUUCGCUCAUUCUCGCACUCCCAGCUGCGAUAUUCUCCAACGUCCAGUCUGCUGUGAUCGAAGAUAAUCACACCAUUGAAUAUUGUUCUCCGUUUCCAAAAGAGUUUGGCACAACCUACGAAAAAGGUAUUGUGCUAUUCAAAUUCCUAGCUUAUUACGCCAUACCGCUCUGGGUAAUCGCUGCUUUCUACAUACUGAUGGCUCGACACUUAGUGCUUAGCACACGAACCCUUCCAGGGGAGCACGGGAAAGGUCAAAGCAAUCAGGUCCAAGCUAGGAAGAAAGUGGCGAAGAUGGUGUUGGCCUUCGUCAUGAUCUUCAUCGUCUGCUUCCUUCCCUAUCACAUCUUCAUGUUGUGGUUUCACUUCUAUCCAAACUCACACGACGACUACGAUGACUUCUGGCACGCCUUCAGAAUCGUCGGGUUCUGUCUCAGCUACAUCAACUCCUGCAUCAACCCCAUUGCGUUGUACUUCGUCAGCAAGGCUUUUCGCAAGUACUUCAACCGCUACUUGGUGUGUUGUUUGCGUCAGGAGACCCAGUACAGUGACGUCACACUGGUUCACGUCAACAGCUCCUCUUAUCGACGUCACAACUCUGUCAUCACCUCUCACUACUCGUUCAGCCACACCGACAAGUCCUGACGUUACCUGUAGCUUCCCGCCUCCCAGUCGGCCUCGCCCGCUCACGCUCACGGGCACUCCUACUUAUAGCUGCCCCGAGACAGGCGAAGUCACGUGUGUGACAUUGCCGUGUGACUUGUGACGUCAGAGUCACGUGACGUGGGACAAAUUGAGUGAAUUAACUGUGUGACGUGAACCAAAGAGUGAAACAUUAUUAGGAACGUCAUCCGACUGACAGUACUGUUACUAUACAUGUAUCAAAAGUGUGUGUUUUGUACAUAUAGGUUUAAUUGCACAAGUGUUAAUGCUUAGAUGAAGGAGUUUUAUAUACUGUUCAUUUGUGGUCUUAGGUAAGUGCAAGGUGCUACUAAGUUGAGAUUGUCAUUGUGUUUGAAAUAGUAUAUUUCAUAACAAGAGUAGAAAGUGAUUCAUGAAAUACUUAAGACAGUAUAGUUUGAAGUGCGAGAUUUAUUUUGAAGGAAGCUAAAGUAAGUGUUAGCAAAACGGGAGUGCCGAUGGAGACCUGUGGGGAUGCGUGCGUUUGAAGGGACUUGACCUUGUCUCCAUCGGCACUCCCGUUUGGCUAACACUGUAGUAGAAAAUAUGGUCCAGAAUAUG